CUUCAAAAACACUGCAGUACUCCUCCACCGAAACAGGCAAAUCACGAUACAAUGUGCUUUCUACUUACCCUCACUCUCUUGAUCCCCUCCAUUCUCGGUCAAAUCCAAUAUGACACGGAAACCAACAGCCUCCUCUGCUCAAGCCCAGCCGGCCACUACUGUAUCAGCGGCUCUCUCCAAGGCUCCACAAUCAUAUCCUGUGUUUCUGCAUCCACGGCAGAGAUUCGCUCCUGUAAUAUCGAGCUAUCCAACAUCCUGCCCCCCGGUUACGAAAAGACCGCCGUCUGUUACGAAUCCUCCCCGGCAGCAGGAGACGCCGUCUGCGCAUUCAACGGCACAGGACACACAUUCACGCACUCCUCCCAGAUCCCCGUCCCGGAAACCAUCCUCUGCGCCUCUGCACUACCGGGAACCAAAGCACCCACGGCCCACGGCCUCCCGCUACACCCUGAGCCCGAAACAACGCAACCAAAAGAAGCGCAGCAGCAGCAGCAACAGCAGCAGCAGCAGGGAAAAGCGCACCCCGGAGAUGCGGUCGCAGCUAUCGGGGACGUCCCGUUGUUCCACCCAGAGAUCGAUCUCGCGGAGCCGGGACCCCUCCCUCUUCCUCCGCCUGCUACGCGUGUGACUGUGGGGAUUGUUCCGCAGGGUGCGAGCAGCACUGCCGCGUUCUCGGAUGCGGACCUCGUCGGGAAGAGUGUUGUCUGUUCUGAUCCGUGGACGGUGCGGACGAGGUUAACGGGGAAUACCCGCUCUGUGGGAUCUACUACUACGAUGGAACCGGUUCUUGUCGUGCCUCCCGCGGGGGAGUCUGGCUCGUGGAUAAGACAGCCCUCCCAGAUUACCACGACCACGAUGAGGAGUCCUUCUAGGACGGCGGCGGUGGAGUCGAGUCCCAGCGUCCGGACCACUCCUGGCAAAAGUCCCGAGAUUGGUUCGGGUGGAACUGCGCCGCUUCAGAGUACUACUUCCUCUGGCGGGGUGAGGUCCCUGGUUACUAAGGCGGGGUUGUAUUGCUGUAUUAUCUGCUGGGUUGGGAUCUAUGUAUAUCAUUAUCUGGUUUAGGGUUUAGGUUGUGGUUGGAGAAGAU